AUGCGAUUCUCACCCUUCAUCUCCACGCUCGUCUACACGUUCUCCAACCUUACCCGUGUUCGCGCCGCGCAGUCUCUCGGAGCCCUCCCUCCUCUCGCUGCCUCACGCCCGCUCCGCGCUUCUAUGCCCUCGAUCCCUUUCUUUGGUGCUCUGUUCGGCUCUUCCGCAUCGCAGCAGGACAAGAUGUCGUAUCCUGCCAACAAAUCCGAGGAUGAGUGGCGGGCUGUCUUGAACAAGGAACAAUUCCGCAUCCUCCGCGAGAAGGGAACGGAGCCCGCCGGCUCCGGAAAGUUCGAUAAGCACUACCCCGAGGAGGGUGUCUACGCCUGCGCCGGGUGCUCCGCGCCGCUGUACAAGGCCUCGCACAAGUUCAAAUCGGGCUGCGGCUGGCCGGCCUACUUCGACUCGCUGCCCGGCGCCGUUGUGCGCCACGAGGACCGUGCCUUCGGCAUGUUGAGAACGGAGAUUGUUUGCUCCAAUUGUGGCGGCCACCUGGGGCAUGUGUUCAAGGGCGAAGGCUUCGACACCCCUACGGAUGAGCGGCAUUGCGUCAACAGUGUGAGCCUGACGUUCUCGCCGGAUGAGAAGAAGGCCGGCGAGGGAAGUGGCGAGGGUGCGAAGGGCGAAAGUAAGGUUUGA